AUGGGGCCCGCGUUAUCUGGUGGUCCCGGUGGCCGAGGAGUGUCGUGUCGUGUCGUGUCGAAGGGGAGGGAAGUGAAUGCGUGUGGAGAAAGGGGGAGUGGGGGGGGUCUCCCUCUGCCUCGCAGUCCUUAUCCGUUAAAAGACCGAAAAGUUGACAAACCCGUGGGUCCCACCGGAGCCCCAAGCCCCAAGUCCCCUGGUAUCUUCCCUUUCCAAUCCCAAAUCUUAUCCUCUCUUUCCGGCUGA